AUGGCUUGGCUCCCUUUCAGAACCACAGGGGCUCUGGCCAUUUUAACGAAGCACCGAUUUGGAAAGCUUGCAAUUCUCUUGGUGGUUCUUUUGGUUCAUGGAGAAUUGAGAAUACAGACAAAAGGACAAUACGAAGAAUAUGAGACAGCAAUACAACAAGGCAAAAGGAGAUACAAACGUGAGUGGGUGAAAUUCGCAAGACCCUGCAGAGAAGGAGAAGACAACUCGAACAGAAAUCCAAUUGCCAAAAUUACAUCAGACUUCGAAGCAACCCAAAAAAUUACCUACCACAUCUCUGGAGUAGGAAUUGAUCAGCCCCCUUUUGGAAUCUUUGUCAUUGACAAAAACACUGGAGAAAUUAACAUAACGGCCAUAGUUGAUAGAGAAGUAACCCCCAGCUUCCAGAUUACGUGUCGUGCUCUUAACACCCUAGGACAAGAGGUAGAAAAACCACUUAUACUAACGGUCAAAAUUUUAGAUAUAAAUGACAAUGCUCCAGUAUUUUCACAAAGCAUAUUCCAGGGUGAAAUUGAAGAAAAUAGUGCUUCGAACUCACUGGUGAUGAUCCUAAAUGCCACAGACGCAGAUGAACCGAACCACUUGAACUCUAAAAUUGCCUUCAAAAUCAUCUCUCAGGAACCUGCAAGCACACCCAUGUUCCUCCUAAGCAGACACACGGGGGAAGUCCGCACUUUGACCAGUUCACUUGAUCGAGAGCAAGUUAGCAGCUAUCGCCUGGUUGUGAGUGGUGCAGACAGAGAUGGAGAAGGACUAUCAACUCAGUGUGAAUGUAGCAUUAAAGUGAAAGAUGUCAAUGAUAAUUUCCCAACAUUCAGAGAAUCACAGUAUUUAGCACGUAUUAAAGAAAACACUUUAAGUUCUGAGUUGCUUCGAUUUCAAGUAAUAGAUUUGGACGAAGAGUUCACUGAUAAUUGGCUUGCAGAGUUCUUCUUUACCUCUGGAAAUGAAGGGAAUUGGUUUGAAAUACAAACUGAUCCCCAAACUAACGAAGGUAUCCUGCAAGUAGUUAAGUCUCUAGAUUAUGAACAAGUACAAAGCAUGCAACUUGGUAUCGCCGUCAAAAACAAAGCUGAAUUUCACCAAUCCGUAAUCUCUCAAUACCAAGUCCAGUCAACCCCACUCAUAGUUGAAGUAAUAAAUGUGAGGGAAGGAAUUACAUUCCGUCCUUCUUCCAAGAUAUUUACUGUCCAAAAAGGCGUAAGUAGUAGACAGUUGAUCAAUUAUGUCCUGGGAACCUAUCAAGCCAUUGAUGAAGACACUGGCGAAGUUGCCUCAUUUGUCAGAUAUGUCUUGGGACGUAAUGAUGGUGGUUUGCUAACGAUUGAUUCAAAAACUGCUGAAAUCAAAUUUGUCAAAAACAUUGAUCAAGACGUUACUUUCAUAGUUAACAAGACAAUCACAGCUGAGGUUCUGGCCAUAGAUGAAAACACUGGUAAAACUUCUACAGGCACCAUAAUUGUCUAUGUACCUGAUUUUAAUGAAAAUUGUCCAACAAUUGCCCUGGAAAAGGAAGUAGUCUGUAGUUCAUCACCUUCCGUGGUUGUCAGAGCUUCACCACUGCAAAGGGAUAAAUAUGCUGGCCCCUAUGAAUUUUCGGUGGAAGGGCAAAGCGUAAAACUUCCAGUUGCAUGGAGUAUCUCAGGAACAGAUGCUACGUCCGCACUCCUCACAGCCCCACAGCCAGUCUCUCCCGGAGUGUACAGAAUCUCCAUCGUGGUCACGGACGGUGAGGGGAGGCGGUGCGCGACACCAGAGAGCUUGACCCUGGAAGUCUGCCAGUGUGACUACAGGGACAUCUGUCAAAGUGCGCCUCCGACCAGCAGCCCUAAAACUGUUAGAGAGGGGUCUCGGAUGGGGGCUGCCGCCAUCGGCCUGCUAUUCCUCGGCCUUUUGCUGCUGCUGUUGGCUCUCCUCCUGCUGCUGACCUGUGACUGUGGGGCAGGUCCUAUUGGAGGAGUGACCGGUGGAUUUGUCCCAGUGCCGGAUGGUUCAGAAGGAACAAUUCACCCGUGGGGAAUCGAAGGAGCCCAACCUGAAGACAAGGAAAUCACAAAUAUCUGUGUGCCACCUAUAACUGCCAAUGGAGUUGAUUUCAUGGAAAAUUCUGAAGUCUGUACAAAUACAUAUGCUGGAGGGACGGUGGUAGAAGGAGCUUCAGGAAUGGAACUGACCACCAGGCUUGGAGCAGCUGCAGGAUCUGGGGGUGCUGCAGGGUUCGGAGCAACCGCUGGUCUGAGCAACUUUUCCAUGGGGCAGUCUGGGACGAUGAGAACAAGGCAUUCCACGGGAGGAACCAACAGGGACUUUGGGGAAGGGGCGAUAAACAUGAAAUUCCUGGACUCCUACUUUUCUCAGAAAGCAUUUGCCUGUGCAGAUGAAGACGACGGCCAGGAAGCAAAUGACUGCUUGCUGAUCUAUGAUAAUGAAGGAAUCGAGGCCCCCAGUUCUCCCGUCGGCUCCCUGGGUUGUUGCAGUUUUAUUGCCGAUGAUUUUGACGAGAGCUUCUUGGACUCCCUCGGCCCCAAAUUUAAAAAGCUGGCCGAGAUAAGCCUCGGGAUGGAUGAAGAAACCAAAAAUUCUCAGUCGCCUACCAAAGACAGCAGUUCUAGGGUUGAUGCCUAUGACCAACAUGUACAAGUCCAGCAGUCAGAGUCUGUUAGGCACCAGACUUUGUCAGGCAGCCAGGGGGCAUCUGCACUGUCUGCUUCCAGCUCUGUCCUCCAGCCCGCCGUUUCCAUCGCUGACCCUUUGCAGCAUGGUAGCUAUCUGGUAACGGAGACUUACUCGGCUUCUUCUGGUUCCCUUGUGCAACCUCCCGCUGCCGUUUUUGAUCCACUUCUCACGCAAAAUGUGAUAGUGACAGAAAGAGUGAUUUGUCCGAUUCCUAGUAUUACUAGCAACCUACAUGGUCCUACAGAGCUACGAGGAUCAGGCAGUAAGAUCUUUACAGAAGAUCCUUCUUCCCGCCUGAUAUAA